GUUCAGCGUGUGUACUGACACACAGGCCGAUGUGUUAUCAGUUGACACACAGGCCGAUGUGUUAUCAGUACAGACACACACAUACAGUUCAGCGAUCAUAGACUCAGGGAAAGCACGUUUGUCCGGCUUCACCUGAUGAACCAGUGCGCAGAUCGAGUUCCGGGUGGACGACUCUGUGUGACUAAUCUGGCGGAUUGUCAGCGGUAAUAGAAUCUUCACUGCCUGAUUCCGCUUUCUCUGACACAAGACACCAUGGCGACAGGGGGUACGCUCGUCUUCUUCGUCAACGGCAGAAAGAUUGAGAUUGAACGCCCAAAUCCAGAGACAACCCUGUUACACCAUCUCCGCCAGACUCUAUACCUCACGGGGACUAAGUCAGCAUGUGGUCAGGGCGCGUGCGGCGCGUGCACUGUCAUGAUCUCCUCUUAUGACAUCACUAGCAAGUCGAUAAGACAUGUAUCUGUGAACGCCUGUCUCGUGCCUCUGUGUUAUCUUCACGGCCGAGCGGUCACUACCGUGGAGGGCGUAGGUAGUUCUCGGACAGGACUGCACGCAGUUCAGAAAGGUAUAGUAGAGUGUCAAGGAUUCCAAUGCGGCUUUUGUACGCCCGGGAUGGUUAUGACGAUGUAUACUCUGUUUAGGAACAAUUCGAACCCUACCCAGGAACAGAUGGAGAGAGUGCUAGAAGGAAACUUGUGUCGAUGCACUGGCUACCGUCCUAUAGUUGAUUCAUUCGUGGAUGCCAAAAAGAACUGCCCCUGUGGACUAGGUUUAUGUCAGCAAACUACUGAGACGUCUGGAAGCGUUGUUGAAUCUACCCAGCAGGAGGGUUCCUCUCAAGAUGUCAUAUUUCCACCGGAACUACAGCUGACAGAAUCCUACCACACGGGAGAUGUCGUCUUCAAAGGGGACCGAUAUACCUGGUACCGUCCCACAACUCUGACCAGAAUGCUACAAUUGAAGGCAGCUCACCAGUCCGCUCCCGUCGUCAUGGGCUGUAACAGUAUAGGAUAUAUUAUGCGGAAGGGGAUGCUCGCCUCCGACGUGAUCAUCUGUGGAACCAACGUGAAGGAGCUAGCUUGUGUAGAGACAACACCGACUGGGAUUCGAGUCGGCGCGGGGGUUACCAUGGCAUCCCUAGAACACACACUCAAAGACCUCACUGGCAAAAUCAAAGGUCCUGCAAACAGAAGUAUUUUAGAAGCCCUGAACGUUCUGCGCUGGAUAGGUGCGGACCAAAUCCGAAACACAGCGACUAUAGGAGGUCACGUGAUGAGUCACGCACCCAAUUUAGACCUGCAAGUAUUCCUGAUGGCGGCCGGAGCGGAACUGGAGUUUAUAUCGGAAGGAAAGGGCACGCGUCAAUGUAAGAUGGACGACGACUUUAUCAACAAUGGGUAUAGUCACGUGGGUGGUGAGGAAAUCUUGGCAUCAAUCACCAUACCUUAUACGAGAGAGAACGAAUACAUUUUCGGUAUGAAGCAGCCCCACCGUCGCGGGUUCGACUAUGGCAUAGUAACUUGUGGACUGUUUGUGGAGCUUGACACCUCUCAGGAAGCUGUUCGAACGAUGAGGCUAGCCUUCGGAGGCGUCGACAAGAAACCUGUGUUGGCGUUAUCAGCCGCCAAGAAUUCGGUCGGAAAGGCCUGGUCAGAAGAAAUAGUGCAAGGGGUAUGUGGAGACCUGAUAGUGGAGCUCAACAACGCUCACUAUGACAAUAUCAAGUUCCGACUUACUCUUGCAUGCAGCUUCUUCUUCAAGUUUUUCUUGUUUGUACAGGAGCAAUUGAAGAAAACGGAUUUGCCAUACUCUUAUAAUGAUACAGGGUUGCCCUACGUCCCUGUGUCAGGUACACAAGUGUAUGACGUUCCCAGCGAAGACGGUAACAGGAUUAUAUGGAAACCCGUGCCGAAUGUCUCUUCCGAGUACAUCACGACAGGAGAGGCUCAGUUUGUGGACGACAUUCCUUCAUUUCAAAGUGAACUUUUUGCUGUCCCGGUCACCAGUAAGCAUGCACAUGCGCGGAUCGUAUCUGUUGACACGUCACGUGCGCUGGCACUUCCUGGUGUGGUGGACUACAUCAAUUGCUCUGAUGUACCCGGUAAUAACAAAUUCGGUGAAGUUGUACCUGACGGAACAUUAUUUGCUGAAGAUGAGGUAUUCUGCUAUGGCCAGAUAAUAGGAGCAAUCCUGGCUGAGAGCCGAACUGCAGGCGCCAAGGCAGUCCAGCUGGUGGAUGUCACAUACGAGAAGAUGGACGCUAUCUUUACCAUUGAGGAGGCACUGGAGAAGAAGGAAUUCUUUGAGGGAGUACAUAAGAUUGAUGUUGGUGACCUAGAAAGUACCCGGAAGACUGCUAGUCAGUGUGUAGAGGGGUCGUGUUCCACAGGCGUACAGGAACAUAUGUACAUAGAGACCCAGUCCGCAUUGGUGGUACCCAAACUUGAACAGCACGAACUGGAAGUGUUUACGUCCACGCAGAUUCUUACUAUAACACAGCGAAUCCUGUCUGAAUUCCUAAAUAUACCUCGGAACAGAUUGACGUUAAAAGUGAAACGAGUUGGCGGAGCAUUUGGCGGGAAACAGGGGGAUGCUGUAGCAGUGGCCGGAAUAGCGGCCGUGGGAGCGUGGAAGACGAAGCGCCCAGUUCGCUGUGUGUGGGAUAGGACGACAGAUGUUCAGAUAACUGGGAAGAGACACCCUUCCAAAACAGUAUACAAGGUCUACUUCAAUGACGACGGUCAAAUUCAAGGGUUGGAUGCGAAAUUUUAUAUCAACGCCGGAUAUUCGCAGGAUUGCAGUCCUUUUGUAGUAAAAGUUGGCAUGUGGUUCCUGAACGGCUGCUACAACAUACCGAACAUAAAGAGUGAAGGAUACAUGUGUAAAACUAAUCUGCCUUCCAAUACAGCUUUUCGGGGCUUCGGAGCACCGCAGAUGUUGUUUGCGGUAGAACACAUUUUGCAACAUGUUGCAACACAUCUCGGAAUGUCACCUGAUCAGGUGCGGCAAGUGAAUCUGAUACGACAGGGAGCUUUGACUGUCUCUCGACAGGUAGUGCCAGACGAAAACAUGUUGCGGUGCUGGACGGAGUGUCGAGCUGAUAGUUUGUAUGACCAACGGAAACAGGAGAUAGCAACUUAUAAUAGGACAAACCGAUGGAGGAAACGAGGGAUGUGUUUAAUACCUAUCAUGUUCGGAGUUGGUUAUGCUCCUUUGCAUGCAAAUCAGGCAGGGGCUUUAGUGCUGGUGUACUUGGACGGGUCUGUCUUACUAACCCAUGGUGGUGUGGAAAUGGGUCAAGGUGUCCAUACCAAGAUGAUCCAAGUUGCCGCAACUGAGCUGGAUAUACCACGGGAGAAGAUUAUCAUCAGUGAAGUAAGCACAGGAACAGUGCCAAAUACAUCCGAGUCUGGGGGGACACAAGUGGCUGACCUCAACGCCGGCGCCAUCAAGAACGCUUGUGUUAAGAUCCGGGACCGCCUAGAACCGUUCAGAAAAGCGAAUCCAGAAGGUACAUGGGAAGACUGGGUGAAUGCAGCCUAUAUUGAGCGUGUCAGUCUAUCAGCUACAGGUAUUUUCAAGUCUAGAGAGGAAGGCUUUGACUUUGACACAAACACUGGAGUACAUGCCAACUACUUUACGUACGGUGCAGCUUGUACUGAGGUGGAAAUUGACUGUCUUACUGGCGAGCACCAGGUACGACGUGUGGACAUCGUGAUGGACGUCGGUAAGAGUCUCAACCCUGCCAUAGAUGUCGGCCAGAUCGAAGGAGGAUUCGUCAUGGGUUACGGAUUGAUGACUAUGGAACAGAUGCAAAUCACAGAGGAUGGGAGAAUAAAAGCCUCCGGUCCUUUGGAGUACAAAGUACCAUGUGUCCGAAACAUUCCACGGGAGUUCAAGGUCAAACUUCUCCAGAAUAGCGAAACAGUCAAAACUGUUUAUUCGUCAAAAGGGGUAGGCGAGCCACCUCUUUUAUUGGCGUCAUCGGUUUUCUUUGCGAUCAAAGAAGCCGUACAAAGUUCAAGAGCGGAAGUAGGGUUGACUGACGACUACCCUCUAAAGUGUCCGGCCACUGCUGAAAGGAUCCGAAUGGCUUGUCAGGACAAGAUCAUAGAUAGAUGUCAGCAAGCUGAAAUGAAACCCGGAAGCAGCCCCCUUGUUGCUAUUUAAGGACGUCAUUGAUGUACGCGACGGGUGGUUUCUUAACAUUGACUUCUAUGUAUAUAUUCUAGUUCCAUUUGUUUCGCACUACCGCUAUAUAACCUAACCAAAAAAAAGAGGAAAGCUAUCAAUUCAUAAUUCCCCAAUAACUCUCAUUGGUGAAGUGAUAUGGAGAACAAUGUCCGUGACGUCGUCACUAAAUGAUGUCAUUUUGUCAGAGGUCAUUGCAUUAGGCGUAUUUCGACGUCAUGAAAAUUCGUGCUACCUGAUUGAUAUCCCCUAAUGAACAGUGUAUCUCGCAACAGUUGUAUGUAUAGUUAUGUUGUAUCAAAUGGUAGUAUCCUCACGGUGGAGUACAUUUAUUAAAAUGUUGAAAUAAAA